GCGCCGUCAACACGACAACCCGGCCAACACACCGCCAUGCCCCCAGCACCAGCACUCCGCCGCCUGCCCCUCCGCGAGGCGAUCGCGGCCCUCUCGUCUGGCGAGGGCGCGACGCGUCUCAGCCCCGCCGUCAAGGGGCUGAGCAUUAGCUUUGUGCAGAAGAAUGCCGAGCCUGGGCCGAGAAACUUCCUCCGCACCAUCGCCCCGCGGAUAGCGUACGCCAACCCCACCCUCCCGAUCGCCAUCACGCGCUACAAGGACCCGCGCACCAAGUCGCUCGACCCCAACUCGCCGGACGCGGGCGCCGCGCCGUGGGCCGACGGCGCCCCAGGCCCCUCGUUGACCGUCAGCUUCCACGAGCGUCCCGAGCAGACGGUCCCGCUGCGCCACCUGAGCGCGGACCAGAUCUGGAAGCAGGUGCUCUCUGUUUGUGGCGAGGCGGGCGACUUGGGGAUCGAGGCGCCCAAGGAGGAGGUUAAGGCGGCCGAGGUCGAGGGAGAGGUCAAGGCCGAGCCCACGCCUGAGGCGAAGGCUGAGGCUGCGCCCGAGGCCAAGGCGUGAGGAGAACGACACAUUAGCAUCGCAUGCAGACUUCACUGA